GAUUUCCCUGGAAAGGGGGCCGUAGCUGCCAGAGCCCGCCCACGUCAUGUUUAUUGAUCCGGCAGCGGAGGCCCUCCCGCAGGGAGCCUGGCAGCAGUCGACUUCAGGGGGCUCACUGACUAUGGAGCUCCGGCUCCGUGUGCGCCUCCCCGUGGGAAUCAGUUGCCAGCCGCCCCCUGCCAUCAUCAUCGUCACCACCACGCCACUCGAACUCUAGUGGUCUCCGUGGAUCGCGAGCACCCAUGGCGAUGGAGGAUCAGCCUGACAACAGCGGGGCUUGCAUCGACAGGCAGCCGGACACUGUGCUCCACCGAGGCGGGCUCAUCCACGUCGGAGGUCACGGUUGUCGCACCGGACCUUCCGCCGCCCCGGCCGGGAUACGAGUGUUAAAGCGCAACAUGAAGCGAGUCGGGAGUCGCGGCUGCUUGACAAGAAAGAACAGAUUCGGAUCCCGGGAACGCGACUGGCUGAGGAGCGACACCCAGCGAGGCUGCGUGUGUCUCUAUGGCGGCACGGUGGACCCCCAAUUACCUGCCUCUGGACCCCAGGCCUCCUCCGCUCUUCAGCCUGACCUGCAGCUGGUGCUCUGCUCCACCAGCACCACAGUGGAAGAGAUGUGCGCCCAGAGGGAUGGACAGGGCCUCUUUGUUCAACUGCAUGGAGAUCUACUCAGGAGGCUGGAGCCUACCGAGCGUCCUCUCCAGAUGCUUUACGACUAUCUGGCCGUUAUGGGCUACGCCGACCCGGUGCGUGUGCAGCACGAGGCUGCCAAUUCAGACCUCAGCUGCUUGAUCCGCUUCUACAGCGAGCGACCCGUGAAUGCGGACCAGCAGGAGCGCACCCUAUUGAAGGGUGUGUUCAGCGUCCGGAAGGGCAAGACGCAGCUGCACAAGUGGGCCGAGCGGCAGGUCAUUCUCUGCGGAACGUGCCUCAUCGUGGCUUCCGUCAAAGACAGCCUAACCGGCAAGAUGCACAUCCUGCCCCUGGUGGGCGGGAAGGUGGAGGAGGUGAAAAGGAGACAAAACUGUCUGAUGUUCAGCUCGGCCGGAUCGCAGGCUCAGACUUACUUUGUCAACUUCGACACGUUGGCCGAAUACCAGAGAUGGCAUCGACAGGCAUCCAAAGUGGUAUCACAGACAGUCAGCCUGGUGGACCUGUCGUGCUACAGUCUGGAGGCGGUGCCUGAGUAUCUGUUCUACAGCCAAGACGUCACCCACCUCAACCUGCGGCACAAUUUCAUGAGCCUGCUGGGGCCUGGAGGUCUACUCCACCUCCCUAGGUUCUCUCAGUUGAAGAGCUUGAACUUGUCUCACAACCGUCUGGGUGUUUUCCCUGAAUGUGUGUGUGAGAUCCUCAGCCUCACAGAGCUUUGCCUUUCCUGCAACAAUCUCCACACCGUGCCCGUGCAAAUCGGCAACCUACAAAGCCUCCAAACGCUGUCUUUGGAUGGAAACCACUUGAGCUCUCUGCCUGCUGAGCUGGGCGGACUGUCCCAGCUCAGCAGUCUCGGCCUCUCCUUCAACGACUUCAAUCACAUCCCCCCAGUGCUGGAGAGACUGAGUGCCGUGGACAAAUUAUCCAUGGCGGGGAACCAAGUGAUGUGUUUGGAGGUGUGUGCUCUGCUUAGAAUGAGCCACCUGAAACACAUUGACCUCAGGCUAAAUGGACUACGCUGUGUGAAAAGCGAGAGUCCAGAGGCGGUGACCCAAUUGACCCACCUGGACCUGAGGGACAACUGUUUAGACUCGCUGGACCUCACUUCCAUCUGUAGCCUGGAGACUCUCCUCUGUCAGCGUAACCAAUUGAGGGCGCUGACGAUCGACGGCUUCGCGCUCCGAAUGCUCCACGCUGGCAGCAACCGCCUUAGCGCAGUCAGCGUUUACCCAGUCCCAAAUCAACUGACAUACUUGGAUCUAUCACAGAACAUCCUGGAGCAUCUACCAGACUGGGUGUGUGACUGCAGAAACAUGGAGAUGCUGGAUGUCACGCACAAUCUCCUCGCUGAGCUUCCAUGCAGGUUACUCAACAGCUUGAGUUUAAAGACGCUUCUAGCGGGGAACAAUCACUUGCACAGAUUGCCAGACUUGCUGGACCACAUCCCCUUGGAAGUCUUGGACCUUCAGCACAAUAAGCUAGGAGAACUACCGGAGAGUCUCUUCUUCAAGGCCUUGAAUCUAAAACAUUUAAAUGCGUCAGCCAAUAACCUGGAAAGUAUCCCUCCCAGCGGUCAAUCAGAUGACAGCCUCAGCACGCUGCAGGAGCUCUACCUGACCAGGAACAAUCUCAAUGAAAAUUGCGGUGCUCUGCUGGUAGGACAUCACAAUCUGAGGGUCCUGCACAUGGCCUACAACCAGAUGCUCUCCUUCCCUGCCAGUAAGCUGAGUAAGCUGGAGCUGCUUGAGGAGCUCAACCUCAGCGGCAACAAACUGAAGAGCAUCCCUUCCACCGUGUCCAGCUGCAAGAAACUGCACACUCUCAUAGCGCACUCCAAUCACAUUAACGUCUUCCCAGAGAUCCUUAACCUUCCUGAAAUCAAGCUUGUGGAUCUGAGCUGUAACGAGCUGACUGAGAUCCAAUUGCCCGAAUCGCUACCGCCGAGCCUCCAGGAGUUGGAUUUGACGGGCAACAGCAGCUUGAUGCUGGAACACAAAACUCUCAAUCUCUUCAAUCACAUCACCACAUUGAAACUGGACCAGAAAUCGACUGCAACGGGAGACUCACAAAACGCCUCCGCUCCGUGGAGCCACGGCUACUCUGAAAUGAGUGGCCAAAGGAACAAGUUGUGUGUGUCUGUACUGGCCAUCGACCGACUUGGAGACAGCUUGGAAGCGUGCUACGGUAUUUUUGACGGCGACCGCAAUGAGGAAGUUCCUCGGCUGCUGCAGUGCACCAUGGGUGACGUGCUGUGCGAGGAAGUACAACAUUCCACGAUUGACAGUGUGUAUAUGAGCAAUACAUUCCUAACAUCACACAGGAAACUAGGUACGGUCGGACAGAAAUUGGGUGCCUCUGCCUUGCUGUGUUAUAUUCACCACGAGUCCUCGGAGCCAGGAGGCUACCUCAGUGUGACCGUGGCCAACGUGGGGACCUGCCAGGCGGUGUUGUGUCGGGACGGUCGACCUGUAGCCCUCUCUAAGGUGUACAGCCUGGAGAACUGUACUGAAGAGAUGGAAAGAGUUAAACUCAGCAAAGCCAUCAUCACUGAGGAUAACAAAGUGAGCGGUGUGACAUGCUGCUCCCGCCUGCUGGGCUGCUCUUAUCUGUCUCCCUGGGUGCUUCCGAAGCCCUGGGUGCACACCGAGCCGCUCUCAUCCCAGGAUGACUUCUUGAUUCUGGGGAAUCGCGCCUUGUUUGAGCACGUAUCCUACCAGGAAGCCGUGUGCACGGUUCAGGCCGUGCGGGACCCGCGCGCUGCCGCCAAGAGGCUUUGCACGCUGGCCCAGAGCUACGGCUGCAAGGACAACAUCGGGGCUGUAGUCGUGGCCUUGAACAUCGCCGAGGACAGUUGCACUUGUGAGCCACACGUCUACACCGCUGAACCCCGGGGUCCUCCUCCCGUCCCUGUGACCGUAUCUAUGACGCCAGCCCCAAGUGACACGGGCACCUUGUCAUCCACCAGCGGGGUGGUCUCCGAGUUCAACAGCGAGACGUCAGCGUCCGAGGUGGGCAGCGAGGCGGGCUCCACCGCCUCCGAUGAGCACCCGACUUCGGGAGGCGCUCCGCGCCCCGAGAGACGUUGUAGCCUGCACCCCGCCGCGACGUCGUGCGGUAUCAUGGUGCCCGGCUCGGUCGGGCUGGGGAGCCACAUGGCCCUGUUCCAGCGGCAACCUUCCUGUGCUACGUUCUCCAGCAACCACUCUGACAACGGUUUGGACAGCGACGACGAGACUCCGCUGGAGGGCGUCAUCUCCAAUGGCAGCAAGGUGGAAGUGGAGGUGGACAUUCACUGCUGCGCUUUCCAGCUGCGGUCAGGGGCCCCCGAGAGUCUGAAGGAGGCAGACUUUGAAAAGCGAGGGUCCGAUUAUCCCAAUGGCAAGACGCGCAGACAGAACAGCGUGGUGGUCUCGGCGACAAACGGCUGCCUGCUGGCUGUUUGUGGAAGAGAGAUCGCAGACCUGAAGAAAUCACCUUCAACUUCAUGCCUGUUUGGGAAGAAGCUGCCCAACGGGUCCGUGGUGGCCCCCGAGGACAGUCAUAAUCUCAUCGAGGUGGCCCUGGAGGCGCCGAAAAAGAAGUCUGGGUAUUUCACCGCGCCGGCUCAGCAGGACCCGGACGACCAGCUGAUUGUGCCUCCUUGUCUGGAGCAGGAAGUACGGGAGCAGCUAAAAGGCCAGAGCCCUCUCGUCUCAGCCCCCUCCGCACCCACCGCACCUCCUUCCUUAAAGGACGCGGUGUGGGAUCAAUCACAACCUCCUGCUCAAUUUGCCCCAAGCUUGGUGCCAGGUCCUGCAGCGACCCCGAUCGUAAAGCCCGAGGUCUACGAUACUGCCCUGUAAAAGGGGGAACACAGCACAACUUGGCUGCCAUGCUGUUAUUGUGCCAUCGCAGGAAAGCAGAGCCGAUGUGUCCGUUGAGGAAUUAUUGGGGAAUUUCUCGAACAUGACUUUGUGACUCAAGCCUGAAACUGUCAAGCUUGUCAUGUUCUUGGAAAAUCACACUUUGUGCAUGACUAUGCUCAGUGCGGGUCAUAUUCUUCUAGUAAAAGUGCCUACUGCGGACGACUCAGCCUCAGAGUUCCCAGGCUACACGGCUGUUUUAGAGUAGAGCUGAACGAAGGCCGACACAGCUUGUCCUCCUCUUCCAGUAGCUUGUUAAAGGAAAUACGGUUUACAUUACGGAUGCCAUUCAGUGUCAUAUAGGCCCGUUUCCGUCAAACUUCAGUUCGGUUCACCAGACGCUGACGUGGUUUGUGUUUCCAUUAUGGGAUUAUGUGAUCGUGUGGGUUGCCAAAGCUCAGGAGGAGUCCUGAUUGCGCCUUCCAAACCCAAGGGUGUCUAAACUUUUUACACCUUGGAACGCAUAAGGAAAAAUUGAAGCAUGGUGGGGGGGCACUUAGUUCAAUACAUUUAAAGGAAAAACAGCCUCAACUAUGUGUCAGGUUUGUGUUAUGGCUAACAGAGCUAAUGAGUUUCCAUGAUUAUCAACACUGUGUGGCGAUUUCUUAACUUGAUUAUUAUUGUUCAUUUUGUUCCCAUCACGACCCUUAUUAUCCUUCACGCAUUGGCCACCUCGAAUCUAAUCCGUGGACCUGGAUUCCCCAGUCCCACCGAGCAUUUAUUAGCCUUUACGGCUGCAGUAUUUCUUGCUUGUGAGCCAGAGCAAAUCCGAUGUUGAAAUUUAGCAACUUUGUCAAUGUUAUGCCCCAGAUGAAUGCCCGCCCAUAAUAUGCUACUAAUAAUGUGACAUCAGAACAAUAAUCAUGCCAUCUUGGUUGGAAGGUCCCAAAAAUGGAUGCACAUUACUGUAUGCAAGUACCAUAAAUAUAUUUGUAUUCCAAAACUGAACAAGACCAGACAAAUAUAAAAAUAUAGUAGUGUCUAACAGUUUUAGCAUUAAAUUGUGAAAGUGCGAGAAACUGACAAAAAGGUUUCAAAUUGAUUCUUGAUAGGUGGUGGAUAGAUGGUGGCAAAGCACUACCUUUGACUAAACAAAAAGAAAACUAAGCUCACUUCAGCAUAGUUCCUUGGCACAAAAAUGCCACAAGGUGCCUCCGAAUAAUUGCAUUGCUUUGGGUUUUUUUUCAGAAAAUAGAGGAUAGGUUUCAAAAAGUGAAUACACACAUGUUGUCCAUGAAUAUGCGGUGGUUCAGUGUAUACAUAUAAAGAUUCCUUCUAGGAAUUUCUAAACACUGUCUGAUAAUGCCAAUAAUGCUUUCCAUUGUUUAACCUUUUAAACUACAUUAUUAUUUUUUUUAAAUUCCGAGGUAUACACCUCAGAAUGCAGGCCAACGACUCUCCGUUCCCGGUGCCAAAAGAGAAAGUGUAUGUUCAGAAGACCAAAGUCCGGUAAUUGCACAUGCCAAUUAGACGUAUUGUUUUGGCAUCAUGGUGCAGUUGUGGCAUUCCAUAGUUUGACUUUCCAAAAGGAAGAAGAGCCAUUGGUUGAAUCCCACUCAUGACGUGUUUAUUAUCUCUGAAGCCUUAAUUGUCUUUGUCUUGUUACUUGUCAUCUUCAAGGAUUCAACACUAAUUACUGAAGCACUUUGUACUGAGUUGAGUAUGUGAGAAUGUAACCUACAUUGUGUGCUUGAGUGAUUUUGAGAUCAUGUAACCUACAUAAGUGCUGAGAGCCCUUUAUUUUCAUACAGUUACAGUUCCCCUGCAGUAAUCAUUUCUUUUUUAUCAUAAGCGCCAUAAGCUAGCACGAAUUGCAAAGCAUUAUCAUUCAAUAUGAGGAACUAGACUUGGUUGACAUCCCUGCGCAACUGCACAUCACGAUGAUUAAUAAAAUGUGAAACAAACUGAAGAGGCAGCGUUUGUAUUAUGUGAAGUAAACAGACAUUUGCUGGAAUCAGUGAGGAAAAACAUGCACCACUCCUGACUAUAAAUAAUGAGACCUUGUGCAAAUAAUAAAUUAGUGACAAUGCAUUAUAACAAUCACUGUGCCAAUCACAUUUUUUGCACCCGAGUCCAAGCCAAGUCACUUGAUGUGUGUGUCGUAGUUAAACGUAGAAUGAGUCAAGACUACUGCGUAGUUCAAUGGGGGGGCAUGCGAGGUGUUUUUAGGCAGAAGUGUGGAGAGAUGAAAAUUAGUACAUUACAAAUGUUUUCUCACAAAUGUUGCAAAACAAUUACCAUCUCCUCAUUGUUCACACAGUGUGUAUUAGUGCAGUGGAUAUAAAAAGCCUACACACCCCUGUUGAAAUGUAAGGUUUUUGUGAAAAAUUAGACCAAUAAAUAAUUUUACGUUUUUCUAACCCAAUUGAAAAAAAAUAAAAGAAUUUUUUUGAGGACAGGAAAUACAAUAAACAACAAAGAUAAUGUGGUGUACACACCCGUUUAUAUCUUCUGAUGUGGUUUUCUUCAUCUGACACAAUUUAAACUGCCUCUGAUGAACCCCCCAAAAAACUCAGCUGAUCUAGUCGGGCUUUUCCUAACAUUCUUGUUUUGAGCAAACACUGACGGGUAUUUGGAACUUUUCAUAAUUUAUCUACCUCCACCUUAGGCCCCAUUUGGAGAAUAGUAAAAUAGCCUCAUAGCACGCUACUGCUUUGUUUUCAGUUUUUAGAUCUUAUUCCUAUUUUUUUACAUUUGAGCAAAGGUGUUUAGACUUUUUAUAUCCACUGUUUUGCGAUAUGGUAUCAUUUUUGUAGCAACUAAACUUGCUUUAAUCAUUUAGUGAGUGUCAUAAAUUUAACAGAUGAGUUUGGUUAGUUUGUUCCUCAUUCAAUGCCUGGACAGCAUCCCUAAUUUCCUUUUAAUAGAAAUUCAUAUAUAUUAUACAACAUUAGAACUUAAUAUAAAUCUUCUCUGUCCCCACGUUCAGCCAACACAUUUGUAUAGAUGCAGGAUGAGCGAGCACAGGGUAGUGGAGCACAGUCCAGUGCAUUACUGACAAUAUUCCCUUUAACUCUUUAGUGGAGCGCGUCCAGUACCGAGUGUUCUUAUUAUGCCCAUGUUGCAUUAUAAUGGGAACCCAUGUAUAAACUUUUUUAUGUUCCAAAAUGUCUGUGUUGAUGUGUAAAAUGAAGCACAUAUGCUAGAUGUGCAAUAAAUGUAUGCAUGUUGUUGUGAAUAUUGUGAGUGGAAAUGAUCCAAGACAGUGCGGUUGUUGAUCAUGUGACCUAAGUAGCCAGUGCUCAGUCUCCAAGUUCCACUAUGUAUGUUAUUUUCUAGAACGGCCUGAAUAUUUUAUUUUUCUUGACACCACAAAGCUGAUUUUUAUUUUUUUACUUCAUUGCAAAUGAAUAUUUCCCUAUCUUCUAUGGAAUUUUAAAUGAUGGGGUCUCAUUCUAGUACUGGAUGUUGAUGGAUGUUGACAGCAUGCUCUCAUUAUCACCGUAAAAUAUGUAUAAACAAUUUCAUUUAUACAAAAUUGGGUAUAUGUAAUGUUUUAGGUUUGCAUCUGAACAUGCAAAUUGAUGCUGCUGUUAACCUAAUUUUAGGAUACCUAAUUAGAGAUUAUAGGGAGAAGAUGAAGCUACAAUGAGAGGUCAUGCACGGUUAGAUUUAAAAUCCUGCAAAGUAGCAAUAAAAUUAGGUUCUGAGUCUUUUUUUUUUUGUCAGGCUCGACAAACAUUUUAUGAACAUUUUACACAAAGAUUUUGUUUUGUCUUGUUUUUCAUUCAGACAUUUGUAUUAAACUCCUGAAUGUGAUUAGCUAUUUUCUGCCAUUCGUGAAGAAGGGUCCAUUUCAAGUUGUACACAUAAUUGUGCAGAAAAUAAAGCCUUUACAAUAUAAAAAGGGUACUGGUUCCAUAUUUAGGUUAAAAGCUGAAUACAGUACAUCUGCCAUCUGUUGGUGGAACAAGUAAUGACAGCUUCAACUCGUAGAUGCUCUGGCAGCUUGUCUUAAAGACCACUCAAGUUUAUUAUGUUGGGUAAAAUGUGUAAUAAUGGCAAAUGCUUACCACCUCAAAAACAAUAUGGUAAUUCAAUAGUUUUAUCUGACUAUUCAGUUCUAGAUUAUGCAAAUUGUACUUGAACAUUGAUUACUUUUUUUAACGGAGAAA